UUUCAGCAGCUGGAUGACUUUCAGAGGACUAUAGGCUCGCAGCCGUGCAGUGCGUCCCUGCAGAGCGCGCACACUACCAGACCCCUGUCGCGAGUUUUCCCCCCACCUCACACUCUCCACGGCAACGACGGCUGUGGACUUUCUUUUCCUCGGGAGGGCUGCCUUCAACAUGAGCGCCGGGCAGACCUAUGACAAGAAGAUCGCGAGCAUUUUGACCGAUCUCCCCGGAUCUAUGAGUUGCCACCCGACCUCCAAGGACUCCCCCACUCUCCCCGAGUCGUCCGUGACGGACAUGGGCUACUACAACGGACAGACGGGCCACGGCCACCACGAAUAUUACCAGAGCCAGCCCUACGGACAGCCCAUGAACUCGUACCACCACCAGUUUAAUCUGAACGGAAUGGGGGCCGCCGGAGCGUACGCCACCAAAUCCGAAUACCCCUACACGAACAGCUACAGACAGUACGGACAUUACAACAGAGAUCACCUGCAGGCCUCGCCUCCCGGCUCAGUAAAAGAAGAGCCCGAGCCCGAGGUCCGCAUGGUGAACGGAAAGCCAAAAAAGAUCCGCAAGCCGAGGACGAUCUACUCCAGCUACCAGCUCGCUGCGCUGCAGCGGCGCUUCCAGAAGGCACAGUACCUGGCGCUGCCCGAGAGAGCCGAGCUGGCGGCUCAGCUCGGCCUCACCCAGACUCAGGUCAAGAUCUGGUUCCAGAACCGGAGAUCCAAGUUUAAGAAGUUGUACAAAAACGGCGAGGUUCCCUUGGAGCACAGUCCCAACGCCAGCGACUCCAUGGCCUGCAACUCCCCUCCCUCCCCCGCAGUCUGGGACAACAGCACCCCCCAAAACAGCGCGAUCAGCCGGCCUCAGGCGCCGCAACCGACGCACAGCUCGUCGCCGCCCUACCUGGAGGAUUAUAACAACCACUGGUACCAGCAGGGAUCACACCUACAGCACCCGGGCACCGUGCACCACCAAGUUCCGCAGCAAAGCGUGGGAGCAGUUUAUUAACACGGACUCAAAAGCAGAUUGGUUGCUUCAGUUUUUUUUUGUUUUUUUUUUUUGUUUUUUGUUUUUUCCAACCGAGGUCUCUCCACAAUGACUCUGCAGAGCAUGUCGACCGGACCCGGAGCAGGCCUGAAAUGAAACAUUUAUUUCUGGUUUUGGAUGAUCGACAACGUUUCAUUGCUGGGUUUUCCAUUCACAAAGCACAUAAGGGAUUUCUAAUCACUUUUGGCAGCAUAUUUAACGGACAUCCUGCGUGUUUUUAUUUUUUAAUUAUUAUUAUUUAUCGCUUCUGUUUUAUGAAUAGCUACUUAACCCCUUUUGUAAAUGAAUAUGCAAAGUUUUUCUUUUUUUCACACGUAGCCUAAACACAAAACUGAUAAAUAAGAAAACUGCGAAUGAUCCAUGCUGCAAUCAAAUCAUGCAUGUGGGUUUGUAGAGAACGUUUUUUUCCAUAAAAAAUAAAAAAACUCAGGUCAUAUUUAUAUGAAUUGUACAAAAAAUGUCGAAGGUUGUAAAUACGUGUUUAUAUCCAGAACCACUAUGAUCGUAUUUGUUUGAGACUGCACUGUGGUGCUUUCAAGACCAUUUUUAUAUUCAUGUAAUUAGUCAACCUGUUGCCUUCCUGUCAAAUGAAUAAAGGUGUUAA